AUGGCCACCUGCAUGAAGGCCAUGACCAAGCAGGGCGCUGAACUGUCCAACGAGGAGCACAACCUGCUUUCCAUGGCAUACAGGAACGUGGUCAGGUGUCGCAGGUCCGCAUGGAGGGUCAUCUCGAGCAUGGAGCAGAAGACCAACACCUCUGACAAUAAGUUGCAGCUGAUUAAGGACUAUUGGCAGAAAGUAAAAUCUGAGCUGAGAUCCAUCUGCACCACGGUCGUGGAAUUGUUGGAUAAAUAUUUAAUAGCCAAUGCAACUAAUCCAGAGAAUAAGCUCUUCUAUCUGAAAAUGAAGGGUGAUUACUUCCGGUGCCUUGCUGAAGUUGCAUGUGGUGAUGACCGAAAACAAACGAUAGAUAAUUCCCAAGGAGCUUACCAAGAGGCAUUUCAUAGAAGCAACAAAGAGAUGCAACCCACACACCCAAAUCACCUGGGGCUUGCUCUUAACUUCCCUGUAUUUUACCAUGAGAUUCUUAAUAACCCAGAGCUUGCCUGCAUGCUGGCUAAAGUGGCUUUUGAUAAGGCCAUAGCUGAACUUGAUACACUGAAUGAAGACUCAUACAAAGACAGCACCCCCAUCAUGCAGUUGCUUAGAGACAACCUAACUAACACUUUGGACAUCAAACAGUGCAGGAGACGAAUGUGAUGCGGCAGAAGGGACUGAAAACUAAAUCCAUAUGGGGUGUCAUCCUUUCCUUCAAGAAACUUUUUUACACACCUCCAUUCCUUAUUCCCCUUGGAUUUCCGAUAGCAAAGAAACCCAUUCAUGUGUAUGGAAUCAACUGUUUACAGUCUUUUCACACUGAAGCUUUGGGAAAACUUCAUUCCUUGAUUCAUGUUUGUCUUG